CUGCAGAAAUUCCAAAAUUAGUAAUAUGUGCUGGCUAUAGUUAUUUUAAUUUAAGCAUAUAUCGAAAGAGAAAAAUAUGGUGAGCAAAUUUUCUGGACUCUCAUGGAAACUAAUUUUUGUUGCCAGUGUGGUGUCUUUCGGAACAUGGCUUCCCAUGGGCUAUGUGAUGACAUCCAUUAAUACUAUCCAGUUUCUAAUCCUAAAAUGGAUGCGGCAUGUUGUGUGCACACGGCGAUUCCUUGUCCUGAACGAAUCUAUUACCUUUAAUCUAUCGCUAAAUGUCUCAAAUAAUUCCGAAGAAACCUUGUGGUGCAGCUUUGUUCAAAACAGUCAGCUUCCCACAAUCCUAAAAGGCAAUCGAGAGUUAGCCACAUUAUGGGCGCUAGUCGGAGCCGCCAUUCCGACAGGUGGCGCUGUUGGUGCAUGGUCUGCCGGAUGGUUCCAGCACCGCUUUGGCAACCGGCAUUCGCUGCUGCUAUCCAACAUUAUUUCUGUUAUCGGCACCCUCAUCAGCAGUCUCUGCACCAUUGGGAAUUCCUUUGAGAUGCUCAUUAUUGGGCGGUUCAUCCUGGGUUUCUUUACCGGUCAGUGUGGUCUCGUUGUCCCGGUAUAUCUGGCCGAAAUUAGUCCGAUUCCACUGCGCGGCGCGGUGAGCAUGUUUGCUCUGAUGUUCUGGACUGCCGGCAUGCUUAUCGGCGUCUUCUUUGGCACUCCAAUCCUUUUUGGCACGGAAGAAUUAUGGAUUAACGUUUUCUGGUUGCGCCUCAUCCCGUCGAUUGUUUUAUUCCUGGUUAUUCCAUUCUGUCCAGAAAGUCCGCGGCAUUUAAUUACGUUAAAGAAUGGACGCGAGCGAGCGUUGCGAGCGUUAAAAUGGCUAAGAAAUACGGAAGAUGUGGUGAAAGAAUUGGAUGAGAUUGAAGCCGACAAAGACAGAAUGGCGGGACAAAGGUCAAUGUCGCUGAAGCAUGUCCUCACUAACAGGGUGCUGCUAUGGGCGUUGGCUAUUUGUGGCGUAGCGAUGAUGGCACAACACCUCUCCGGUUACACUGCCGUACUGAGUUAUUCCACUUCUAUUUUGGCAGCGGGCGGUCUACCGAAAUCUUCUGCGGUAUACGGCACCAUUGGAUUAAUGGGACUUCCCCCGUUUGUUAUUGUGCUGUGCAUGGUUUUGGUGGACCGUCUUGGAAGACGCACAUUGUUUUUAAUCGGCGCUGGAGGUUGCCUGCUGUGUAAUAUUGGAAUGGUGAUAUUUUUAAAUUUAUCUAAAAGCUCUUGUGGCGGGUGUCAGUAUGCGGCACUCGCCUGUCUGUUGGUGUUUAUGAUAUUUUUUAAUAUUGGCACCGGUAGUGUUCCGUGGAUUUGGUCGGCAGAAUUAUUUCCUCGGAACACGCGUGCUUCGGCCUUAUUAGUCAUUUCAGCGUGUAAUUAUCUGCCGUGCCUUGCGGCGGUCUUUUUAUUUCCCAUCGUUCAUGCCGCCAUUGAAGAAUGGAUUUUUGCGAUUUGUGCUGGUUUGAUGUUGGCUAUCACGGUGUUUAUUUAUUUCACGGCGGUGGAAACUAAGGGGAAGACUUUUCAGGAAGUGCACGCGGAACUGCAGUUGAAGUUUGGAAAAGUAGAACAAAAUACCACAGAAUUGCCGACAAAAAACAAGAAGACUGCUGAUGAAAGCACUUUACCCGGAGCAUAAAUUGUGAGAAAUUCGCCCUAGCUGUUGCAUAUAUCACUGUUCAUAAUCAUUAUUUUAUAACCUUCAAGUCUCCUUUGAUCUGAAUUAUUUAAGACUUUCAAUAAAUCGUGUGAUAUCGACCACUUAACAAAAUCUGAUGAUUAUACUCUCCAGCACAGAAUUACGAUCCUUAUGUUAUUACAAAUGAAUACAGAUACACAAUGAAA